AUGAAGCCGUUUUUCGUUGCCGCCCUCUGCUUCUUGUCAACCAUGGCUGUUGCUCAGACCACUGAUUUCUAUAUCACUGCUCCUCUUCCUGGAACUGUCUACAAGGCUGGGCAAUCGGCUACCUUAACUUGGCUUAAUGGUGUUGAUACUGAGGUUGACGUUAACCUGCUGGUUGGAAACGACCCAGCUACCAUGGUCAAUUCUGCUUAUUCAUUCACCAUUCCAGAUGGUUCGGACGAAGAGUUUACUGUGGUGAUUCCUGCCGAUCUUGACUCUACCAAAAGCUAUGCCUUCCAGUUCUCUUACCUUAGCAAUGGCGCCACUAAAAAUGUCUUUUCAGGCUCUUUCGUUGUAACUGGUGGCAAGACUCCCAUUGCCUCUGGCUCCGGCUCUGGUUCUGCUGCUCAAUCUGCAUCUGUUACCGUCGCUCCAUCUCUUCCAGCAUCUGUAGUCCCAACUGCCGUAUCUUCUCGCGCUUCAGUUGCUGCUCCAUCUGCAAUUUCUGCUCCUUCUUCUGCCGUCAGCCAUGCCUCUACCCCUGUUUCUUCUGCAUCUCCCAAGAUUGCCUCUUCACCUGCCCCAAGUGCUUCGGUCAGUGUUCCUGCUGAGGGUGCUGCUUCCAAGAUGCACUAUACUCUUGCACUUGUCUGCGCACCCGUCAUCUUGGCCAUGUUGCUUUAA